AUGGGGAAACAAAUGAUUGGUGCCAUCUCUACUCGCACAAAAGCUGCUUACAAGCUCUUGUGUGAUCUACAGAAGAAAACGCUAGCGAACCCUUCUUCUAGAGCAGUGAGUGAGGAAGCUGAUGCAUAUGCCAAAUGGAAAAGGUUAUCGGAUAUUGAGGAGGGAGAUUAUGUAGAAUGGUCCUUAGAGGAUCUGCAAAACUUGAUGGAGUUUCGAUGUAGUGAGAGUGAUAAGAGUUUACUCACCCACGAGGUCACUAAAGAGGAAGUUCGAAGAGUAUUAUUUGUCAUGCCUAGUUACAAAUCUCCAGGUCCGGAUGGGUUUAAUGUUGAGUUUUAUAAGGAAUCAUGGGAGAUUGUGGGAGAUGACUUCUUGGUCGCCAUCCAAUCUUUUUACAGAACAGGAUUUAUGCCCAAAGGAAUAAAUUCCACCAUUUUAGCUCUCAUUCCAAAGAAGAAGAAAGCUAUAGUCAUGAAGGACUACAGACCGAUAUCAUGUUGCAAUGUAUUGUAUAAAGUUGUUUCAAAAAUCCUUGCUAACCGACUUAAGAUCAUCCUCCCAAAGUUCAUAUUGCCGAAUCAGUCUGCUUUUGUCAAAAACAGAUUGUUGAUGGAAAAUGUUUUCCUUGCUACAGAGUGGAGUUUUCUACUCAAUAUCUUGCGAGCUUUAAACUUCCCCGAGCAGUACAUUCACUGGAUUCAAACCUGCAUCACAACUGCUUCAUUCUCUGUCCAGGUUAAUGGAGAGUUAGCCGGUUAUUUCAAUAGCAAGAGAGCUUUCCGUCUACCUAAAGCCUGCAUCAGAGAGAUUGAUCAGAUGUGCUCUGCUUUUCUGUGGUCAGGUCCUAUGUUGAAUGCCAAGAAAACUAAGGUUGCUUGGUCUGAGGUGUGUCUUCUAAAACAUGAAGGUGGCUUGGGCCUUUCCUCAAUAGAGGAAGCUAACAAGGUUUCUGUUCUUAAACUGAUAUGGAGACUUCUCUCUGCCAAAGAUUCGCUAAGGUUUCAUAAAGUGGAAGCGCAUAAUGGGGGAAAUACGUCUUUCUUGUUUGAUGGCUGGUCCUCCUUGGGUCUUCUCUAUGAGUCCUUGGGAGAAAGAGGCUGUAUUACCAUGGGCAUACCAUCUUCGAGUACUCUGGCUGAGGCUCUCGCUAUGACUAGACGGAGACAACAUCGAUCGACUCUUCUUAACUCGGUUGAACAGGAAAUACAAAAUUUUCAGUCCACACGGGAUUCAGCUCAAUCUGAUGUUGCUUUAUGGAAAGGUCAGAAUAACUAA